CCGGAUCUUCAUCGCCACUUUGUUCUUCUCCACACAGAACAACCAGUUGCUCAUAACCAUGAAGAUUGUCGUGGUCCUCUCAGUUCUCCUCUGCUCUGCAUUUGCAGCUCCAGUUGAACACGAAGAGAAGGCUCCAGAAGCAGCGGUGGCUGCCCUGAAGGAGCAGAUGGUUCCUGCACCUGAGAUGGAGGCCGAGAUGAAGAAAGUUGAGGAAGAGUUUGUUCCAGAGGAUUCUGUCCCUGUUCCCAGAGACGCACCUGUGUUGGAGGAGGAAGCAGCACCUGAAUCUCGCUUUAACUACUGUCCUGACGGCUGGUACAGCCACAACUCUCGCUGCUUCAUCGUCAGCAACACUGCCAGCAACUGGUUCAAUGCUGAGGAGCACUGCACCGGCCUGGGGGCCCACCUGGCCUCGGCCACCAACCCCAGAGAGUACGCUUUCCUGCAGGAGAUCACAAAGAGAUCCGGUCUGAGCAGCGCAUGGCUGGGAGGCUUCAGCCUGCAGAGCCGCUGGAUGUGGAUUGAUAGUCAGGGCUUAUACUACACCAACUGGCACUCCCAGUCCUCCUCCAGCAGCUACCCCUGCAUGUACUUAAACACCGGCUAUGGUUGGCGUAACACCCAGUGCACCACGAGCCAGCGCUUCAUCUGCUCCAAGAAUCCUUUCACCUGUUAACCUACAGGCUGAACAUCUGGCUCUAUUUCUGUUUGAAGCCAUAUCUUACUGAAUGUAUCAUCGUG